UUCUCCGUCAUUUCGCACUUUAUUAGGGAGUCAGUGGAAUGUUAUCUCUCAAAUCAUCAGAGGCACGGGCACAAGCACGCGUGGAUGUGGUUGAACAGAAGGAUGGAGGGAGCAAUAGUAUCCUAAUCCACGGGGAAAUAGACAGCCAGAGCAAUUGACGACUUUCUCAUCAAAACGAUCUUAUCCGAGAACGCGUGUCCAUUGUUAUCCAAGCAAGGGUCAGAGGGCAUCAUAUCGUGAACCGGUCCCAGUCUUUAAGACUGCUCAUGGAAAUUUCAGCAAACAACAACAAAAAUCUACGUUACCAAUCUGUUUUAUAAGUGACGAGGAAAAUACUACGGAGAAAUAUAUUGCUGAUGCCGAAUUGUACAAAAAAUACGAUUUGAGAAGGGAGAAUGGACAGAUGAAAAUGUUUUACUGAAAACAGACUUAUCGAAUCUUAUUUCUGGGGAAUAACACAUUUCUCGUCGAUUUCGCCACCAAUAGCCGGUAUUUUUCCACAGAUUAGUAACCAAGCAGCGCAUUUCUAAAGUCCUGAAGAUGAUGCUGAGUCCCGAACAGACGGAUCCUGAUCUCACCUGGACACAACCGGACUCGGAAUGUCUGAACGUUAUGAAGGUGGAAUGUGUGGGCCACGAGCCCUUUGAGUCCGACGAUGGGAAAACUCGCACACUCGUGCCAGCCGGGCUCACCAGGGAGGAAAAGAGAAGGAGGAGGCGCGCUACAGCGAAAUAUCGCUCUGCUCAUGCCACGCGAGAGCGCAUCCGGGUGGAAGCGUUCAACGUAGCGUUCGCUGAGCUCAGAAAGCUGCUACCGACACUCCCACCCGACAAGAAGCUGUCAAAGAUAGAAAUUCUACGCCUGGCUAUCUGUUACAUAUCUUACCUUAACCACGUUUUGGACGUUUGAACGAACUCUGGGCCUUUUUAAAAUACCCUAAAACAAAACCCUACAGGUGUAUUUAAAGAAGACUCUUACUGUCAUGAGUAGGCUAUUACAGCAGGAUAUAAAAUCGUAUGAAAUAUAGAUAACACUUUGUAAUAACUUUUAUCCAUAUCCUUUUAACAAACACAUACAUUUAUACAGUAAACAACUGAAUAAUAAUUAAUUAAUAAUCCAAGCAUAACACAACUUCAUAUUGUUCAUGGUAUUAAAAAGUUACUAGAAAGUGUUAUCUACAAUUCUGUAUGUGUUGCAGUACAGUAAAGCUAGUGGUUUUUGACACUGUAGCAAUAUAGUUUCGGAUAGCUGUUUAAAGAUGAUCAGUUAUCCUGUAGCUUGAAAUCAUAACUAGAUUUGUGGCAAUAAGCUGUGGAAAAAAUUGAGCCAACCCAAUUGACAAACACAAUCUACCAAUUGCCCUCCGUUCACAUGCAUUAAGCAUCAGGCUACUAUGUUCAACUAGCCUAUGGAUAUAAAUCAAACAAUUAUGUCGACCACCUGAAAAAAAGUAAUGUAUAUUUCUAUGUGCUGGAACAAAUCCGUGAACUUAUUCUUUAUUUAUAUGAUGUUUGUUUAUUGUUUUAUUUAUAAGUAAUUUAAGUUAUUUGAGCGUGCUUAAUGUAACUUGCGGUGUUUACAUAGGCCUACAUGUAAAUAUUUAAUGUUUUUCGAUUAUUCAUGUUUUAGACUGUUGUCGCAGAGUUGGGGUUUACUGUUGCUUUUCACUUGCACUUUUCAUUGGCAGUUUUUCUAGGAGUAGGAGGGCCUUCGCUGUGUAUGCACUAAGGUUAAAAUAAUGUUGCUGUUAAUGUCCUGUCCUAUGAUAACGAAAAGCACUUCCCAUUGGGUAGGACUUAUUGCUGUAUUGUUUAUUUCGUUUACAAAAGUGCUCAUUGAAAGCCUCUUGGGUACCUCAAGACUUGUGGCGGAUUAGAAGUAAAACUAUUCCUCUUUUUGAACGAAUUCAUAUAAUACUUGUAAAAUUAAUGUCAAAAUAAUAAUUGGCAAAAUGCUAACAUAAACAGCGAUUUUAUUACCAGAUUAUAUAGAGCCUACGGUUGCUUGCCUCCCAAGUCCAUAAACUACCCAGACGCUCUCUUUGCUGCGACCAAAAAUGAUCUUAAAGUAGUUUAUUUUUUCUUUUGCGAACUAUUUUAUAAAGAUUAUUUGUUUACGUGUUUAUUGUGAACCUCUCGGAAAUUUUAUAGUGAACAAAUUAGCCUAUCUCACAUCUGCCUCAUAUCCAAAGAUAACCCUGUUAAUUCAGGGUUUUGUCCGUCAUUUUGUAGUGGAAUAGCCAGUGCACUGGUUUUUACCAACGCAGUUUUUCAUAACUAUUUUAGAAUAAAUGGUAAAAACGAAAAUAUAUUCGACGCUGAUUUGUCUGUUGUAGUUUUUGCAUAAAACGAUAUGGAAUAAAAUUGUGCCAAUACGAAGAUUGCACGAGCUUUAUCUAACACUCCUUCAUUGAUACUAUACAAUGAGCUGUCGUUCAUUUUUAUUUUGUUAAAAGCAUGCU